CACCCGUAGGUCUCCAACCCGCAACGCACGCUCAUCAAAACCAUCUUCCCAAUCCAAAACAGACACCAACUCGCCUGACUCUACCCAACUCGGUCGUCUUCCCCCCUUCCCCCCGAAGACUUUCCACGCUCUCUGCCAUUUCUUUAUCCCCUGCCAACGCCAUGCCCACCCAUCCAUCAAUCCCUCUCCAACCUUCUCUCUACUCCUUCUAUAUAAAUCCCCUCCGGUCAAGACUCAGAAAACCCAAACCCACCUCCAUUAUUCAUCCUCAUUCAUCUUUCCCCAAGCUUGAAAGAAACCCCUGAACUUGGAAGCAAGAAAAAAAAAAUCCAAUCUUUCCCCCAAUCCGAUCCAGUUCAAAAACCUUGAUCAAUCAGAGAAUUCACAGCUCCAUAUGGGUUUAUCCCUCUCGCUGCUCCACUCAGCCUGGGAAGAAAUCGUCCGCCAAAGCUUCCUCGCCCUCGCCCACAACAACUUCUCCGUCACCCCCAAAACAGAGCCCAACAACAAUGUCUCCUCCAAGUUCACCAGAACCGCCAGCAUAAAGCUCAACCUCUGCCGGCCGCUGAGGAUCAAGCUCCAGAAGAAGGCAGAGGGGGGAGAUGACGAAUCGGCCGUGGCAGAGGCGCCGCCGCUGCCGUCGCCGGCGAUCAUGUUCUCCCCGAAGCCGGCGAGCGAGCUGGAGGACGCGGCGGUGAAGCUGCAGAAGUUCUACAAGAGCUACAGGACGCGGCGGAACCUGGCGGAUUGCGCGGUGGUGGUGGAGGAGCUGUGGUGGAAGGCGCUGGAUUUCGCGGCGCUCCGGCGGAGCUCUGUUUCCUUCUUCGACGACCGCAAGCCCGAGACCGCGGUUUCGCGAUGGGCCCGGGCCCGUACCCGCGCCGCCAAGGUCGGGAAAGGCCUGUCGAAGGACGACAAGGCCCAGAAGCUCGCCCUGCAGCACUGGCUCGAAGCGAUUGAUCCGAGGCAUCGGUACGGUCACAACCUCCACUUCUAUUACGAUCUUUGGUUCAAGUGCGAGAGCUGCCAGCCUUUCUUCUACUGGUUGGAUGUCGGAGACGGCAAAGAAGUAAACCUGGAGAAAUGUCCGAGGUCGCUUCUUCAACGGCAGUGCAUCCGGUACCUUGGACCGAAAGAGAGGGAGGAAUACGAAGUCACGGUGGAAGAAGGGAAGUUGGUGUACAGAGGCACCGGAGAGCCGGUGGAGACGACGGAGGGUUCGAAGUGGAUCUUUGUGCUUAGCACCUCCAGGGUGUUGUACGUGGGACAGAAAAAGAAGGGGGUUUUCCAGCACUCCAGCUUCCUCGCCGGCGGCGCCACCUCCGCCGCCGGCCGACUCGUUGCUCGCCACGGCGUCCUCCAGGCAAUAUGGCCGUACAGUGGACAUUACCACCCUACGGAAGAAAACUUCAGGGAAUUCAUAAGCUUCCUCCAAGAGCAUAAUGUCGAUCUUGCCGAUGUUAAGAGGUACGCCGUGGAUGAUGACACCGAGUACAAAGUCAACGGAGAAGGAGGAUUGGUACAGCCGUCGAAUUCAACGGCUGGACUAACAGAAGACGCGUCGCCGCCGCCGCCGCCGUCGUCAUUGUCAUCGGACGAUGCAAACUCAACAGUAGAAAAUACCACUGUAGCCGCGACGGUCAAGAAGGUGCAAGAGGAAGAAGAAGAAGAAGGCAGGACGGACACGCCGCCGCCGGCGUUUGACUUGGGGAAGGCCAACCGGCUGUCCUGCAAGUGGAGUACGGGAGCCGGGCCCCGGAUCGGGUGCGUGCGGGACUACCCUACGCAGCUGCAGUUCAGGGCGCUGGAGCAGGUCAACCUGUCUCCCAGGCUGGCUCCCGCCAACUUUGGGCCCAUUCCGUCGCCCAGGCCCAGCCCGAAGAUCAAGCUAUCACCCAGGCUUUCCUACAUGGGCCUCCCUAGCCCAAGGACCCCAACAAUUACUGUCGCUAAUUGAAGAGUUUUAUAGUCGAUCAAUUAAAAUUUAAUUCAGUCUUACCACGCAAGUUAGGUUAAAUUAUAGGUGGAAAGAAAUACACAACUAGGUAGAAAUAGGACUUAACAUGAAAUUCAUAUUCAGUUUAUUUUUUUUUAAUUUCCAUUGCCUUCUGAUUAUUUCUCUUGCUUUUGGUUGUGGGACACAUAUUUGUGUUCCUUAAUCCUUUUCCUUGUUUAUUUGUUUAAUUUAUUAUUUCUUUAUUCAUCAUAGUGGGGUUCUUUUUCCAGCUCACCCAAUUUAGGGGACCUGAUUGUCACAUUGUAAUUGUGAACUAUAAUAAAAAUCCCCAAAAUUUAUACUUUACAUAUGAAGCCUUUGGGAGUGAAUUGCAUGGUUGGACACCUGGGUUUAUCAAUUUGUAUCAUCUUUGCCUCCCAAUUAUCUUUGCCACCAAAAAAUGCUAUUGUUUAAUUAUCCCUGACUUUUAACUUCUAUUUCAUUAGUUACUAGACGUCCAAUUCCAUUAAAUUCUUCCUAGGUGAUAGUCAAUUUUAACUGUUGAUUGUGAAAUAGCAGGUAUGUCAAUUAAAGAACGAUAAAAAUGAAAAUAAUUGUUUUUAGUUAAAAGCGAUAUGUGAUGACUCAAAUGGGGGAAUUUAUGUGUGCUAUCAUUGUGCCCCGAAAACGUUUUACCCUCAUAUGCAAUGUCGUCCUUCUUGUCAUUUUUAUCGAAAAUAUAGCUUGUCGGAGCGUUCAAAUUAUUUAAUCACUGUGAAUAACAACGUUUUAUUACAAAUGUUUUCAUCACAAAAAUGCUAGAGAUUCCAACAGUUUUUUUUUCUUCAAAUAGGUAGAUUAUUUUUUUUAGUACCAAUGAAUGAGAAAGACGUUGUACCAAUCCUUGUCUCGAGGGGAGGAUUGUUAUGGGACAAUCCAAGUACCACAUCGGAAAUACAAGGGAAGGUACCCUUGUAUAUUAGUGUCCACCAAGCUCAUUAGUACGAGGACUUUUGGGGAGGACACCAAAGAGUAAAAUCGUGCAGGCUUGGCCCAAAGCGGACAAUAUCGUACUAAUUGAGUAGCCCGGUUUGACAAGUGGUAUCAGAGACUGGUUCGGCAGAUCCGGGGCGGUGGACGUAAGUUUGGUGGACCCUCAUUCGGUGGCCUCGGGAUUUGAGAUUCGCGUAUGUUUGGUGGAUCCACGAGAGAUCCACGUUUGGGCUAUAUCCCGUUUGGCGGAUCAAGGGAGAUCCGCGUUUGAUUUGACAGAUUAAAGAGAGUUCUGCGUCUGGAAAAUCCUUGUACCGAGAAGCCCAUCAAUACAAGGUGUCAGGCGGAUCAAGAUAAUCGCUAAGGUAAGGACACGAAGUUCGUGGUCCUUGUCUUGAGGGGAGGAUUGUUAUGGGACAAUCCAAGUACCACAUUGGUAAUACAAGGGAAUGAACCCUUGUAUAUUAGUGUCCACCAAGCUCAUUAGUACAAGGUCUUUUGGGAGGAAACUCAAGAGUAAAUCGGUGCGGGCUUGGCCCAAAGCGGACAAUAUCGUACUAAUUGAGAACCCCCGAUUUUGACAAGAUUUUGAGGGCCACCGAAUGAGCGUCCACCAAACUGACGUCCACCGCCCCGGAUCUGCCGAACUAGGCUCUGAUACCACUUGUCAAACCGGGCUGCUCAAUUAGUACGACAUUGUCCGCUUUGGGCCAAACUUGCACGGUUUGACUCUUGGGUGUCCUCCCCAAAAGGCCUCGUACUUAGGGGUGAACAUACACACCCGCAAACUGACCCACUCCAACCCGACCCAACCCACCUGUAUUUAUCGCUAAAACGAAGGUUUUGGGUUUGGUGAGGGUUUUCUUUUGUACAACCUGCCUCUUUUGGAUUGGGUUUGGAUUUUGGAUUACACAACCCGUAGAACCCGAUCCAACCCGUGUUCCAACUAUUAGUAUGAGUUCGUAUCUAAAAAUAUAUGUAUGUCGUAUAUAGCAAUACUUAUGAGAAAAUUAAGAUAUUUCGCCAUG